UUACUACUACAGAUAGAGAAAGAGAGAGGCACUGUGUGAGAGAUAGAGGGACAGCCCAAGAUAAGCAGAGAGAGAGACACCCUGACAGACAGACUCAGUGUAUUCCAUGCCUGCAUACGCCACCAACAUGAGGUUAAAGUUCCCUAUCCUGGCUCUGACCCUGGAGAUUAUCACCAUCAUCCUCUUUUCUGUGUUCGUGGUCUACGAUGACGGGGAGAAACACGAUGGACACGGAGACCAUGGCAACAGCAACAGCUCGCACAAGGAGGCCAAGGACCCAAUGACCCUCUACCCCAUGUUUCAGGAUGUCCACGUGAUGAUCUUCAUCGGUUUCGGCUUCCUGAUGACGUUCCUGAAGAGGUAUGGCUUCAGCAGCGUGGGCCUCAACCUCCUCCUCGCCGCCUUCGCCCUGCAGUGGGGUCUCCUCAUGCAAGGCCUCUGGCACCUGGACGCCGACGGGAAGAUCAGAGUCGACGUCUUCAAGAUGAUCAACGCAGACUUCAGCACAGCCACUGUGUUGAUCUCCUUCGGGGCGGUCCUCGGUAAAACCAGCCCCGUCCAGCUCCUCAUUAUGACCAUCCUGGAGAUUACCAUAUUCGGCAUCAACGAACAUCUGGUGGCCAACGUCCUGGGGGCCAACGACGUCGGGGCCUCCAUGAUCAUCCACGCCUUCGGGGCGUACUUCGGACUGGCGGUGGCCCGGGUGCUGUACCGACCCGCUCUGAGGGACCAUGAGAACAACGGUUCUGUCUACCACUCGGACCUCUUUGCCAUGAUCGGCACCGUGUUCCUCUGGAUGUUUUGGCCCAGUUUCAACUCCGCCAUCGCUAACCCCGGCGCUGACCAGCUCAUGGCCGUCACCAACACCUACUUCUCCUUGGCCGCCUGCGUGCUCUCUGCCUACGCCAUAUCCAGCCUGGUGGAGCACAAAGGGAAGCUGGACAUGGUCCACAUCCAGAACGCCACCCUGGCCGGAGGUGUUGCCGUGGGAACCUGCGCUGACAUGAACAUCGGGCCUUUCGGGGCCAUGCUCAUCGGGUUCGUGGCUGGCAUCAUCUCAACACUGGGCUUCAAGUUUCUCUCUCCCAUCCUGGCAUCCCACCUGGGCAUCCAGGACACCUGUGGCGUCCACAACCUGCACGGUAUGCCCGGCAUCCUGGGGGGCAUCGCCGGCAUUGUGGCUGUAGCAAUGGGCAAAAAGAAUGGGAGUGCUGCGAUGCAAGCUUGCGCCCUGGCCUCAUCCCUCGGGUUCGCUUUGGUGGGAGGAGCCAUAACAGGUCUGAUAAUGAAGCUUCCGUUCUGGGGGCAGCCUCCAGAUCAGAACUGCUUUGACGAUUCCAUUUAUUGGGAGGUUCCUGAAGAAGAGGAGGCAGAGGAAAGCCUGGCUCACGGAGAACAUUCCACUAACAAAGCCGAGGCCUAAAGCCACCGCCCGACAAUGCACAUGCAUGAACCCACAAGCCUCUAAGCUGGAGAUGGGACAGCGAGGAAUCCUGAAACAGACGAUAGAGAUUGGGUGCAUCUCAAUAGUAUUUACUGGCAUCCUCUCCUCCUCCCCUCUCUUUUUUUCUAAUUCGUAGAUCCAUUACCGAAGGCAGAGGAGAGAAAGCCAGGUGAAACUAUUGAGAUCAACCCAGGAUGACAAAUUGUCAGAUGGUUUUCACCCACAGCAUAAACCGUUGGAUUGAUUUAAGACAUAUUGAGACCGCAUUUAUUAAUGUUUGAAGUUAUUCUCAACAUGAUUAAAUUAUAUGAGAUGUAGUUCAUGCUACCCUUGCAGAUCUCUAAUUCAACUAGAACAGCAGUAAAAUGUCAGCUCAUGUAGCACUUUUCAGUGUAACAAAAUGAUGUAUUGUUAUAGUUAUACAUAUAUUUUUUUAUUGUGAAUUAAAUAUGUCCACUGUGGGGCAUUUAGGAAAGCAGCCACAUGGAUGUAUUGCAUACAGGAAAUGUGUUAUCAGUCCUCAAUUCAAUUGAGUUUCUUUUAUAGUUGACCUCUACUACAGUGUACCAUUCAGCCAAUAACUGUUCUUCAAUAUGAUUGGAGGAAAGAUGCUUUCAGGGAAUCUUCUUUUUUUUUUUACACUGAAUUUGAUGACCAAUAAUUGUGCUACCCCUGUGAGCCAAUAGAAAUAUACAGACAUAGUUAAAAGUAAUGUGAUAAGCUGACAUUCAAUCAUAUCACCAAUCCUUCUCAGAUGUUUUGUGACACCAUCAAAUGUCAAAAUACUUUCGUUUUUUUGCUUAUUAGUUAGGGGUUUGUUUAUUUUUUUCACUGUCGAUGUGGAAAUGACCUUGCUGAUAUUGUGUGCUAUAGCUAAGCCUUGUUUCAUCAAGAGAAUCAAUUGCUAGGUUACACUGCUAGGUUACUCCGCUAGGUUACUCUUUUAGGCUGUGAAAGCUAGGCUACCUUACCAGAGCCCCCUACCCCUGCCAGAGAGAAUCUGAUCCCAGACCAAGCUAUGAAGAAUAAGCAACAACUAAGGGCCGAUACUGAUCAAGCGUCGCAAAGUGAGAAUACUGGAUUACUAUCAGUUUUGCCUUUAUGAAACUAUGCAUAUAAUCUGAAACGCUGGGUCAAUACAGGGCCAUCAAGGAUCUGAGCUGGGCUAGGAUGGGUCUCUCUGUGUGUUAAAUACAGGUCCAACAAAGAUUGGAGCUGGGCUAGGAUGGGUCACUCUGUGUGGUAAAUAUAGGUCCAACAAGGAUUGGAGCUGGGCUAGGAUGGGUCUCUGUGUGAUUCUGAAUACUCUAAGGUGGCUUUCCUUCUUCAGUCCCAGUCACCUCACCACUACAGUGGAGUGGAAUCCAAUACAUGAAGGGCGCAUAGAGAGCCAAUUAAAAACCACAAUAAGCUACAGUAUGUCAGUGUCCCACUGGGGGCCCACAUUUUUGUUGUAGCCCUGAACUGCCACAUCCGAUUCAGUGAUCAAGUGCUUCACGAUGAUUGGACAAGAUGCGUCCAAUCAGGUGUGAUCGUUACAUUUGUUAAAACACGUGAAACUGCUUGGGGGGUCCUGAGGAGAACCGCCGGGUUAGAUCAUUUCACAGCCGUAAUACAGAUAAGGAAUGAAUGGGGCGUGAGAAAGAAAGCCGCUGAGAAGUUUAGAAUACAUGAUGUUUCCUUUUGUUCACUUCUUAUUGUAACCUUGUUAUGUACAGUGUAGUUAGUUUUUACCUAAUGGAUAUAGUCAGUUUUUCCAAAUCCCUGAGCCCAGGACUAGAAAGUGCUACUGAGUGUUUUAGAUCAAAAAGGGCCUUCUUUAUACAUUUCAGCCAUUUUGCUGAAAAUAGCUAAGAUUAUACCUUAAAAUGCUAGAGGAAAAUGGUCUAAAAUAGUUCCUGUAAUAGACCAUUGUGGCAGGGAAAGAGGAAACUGACUACAGAUAGAUAGUAGCCUUGUAUUUCAACUGGCUGAUGUAGAAGCCUAUUUGAGAUUUAGAUGUAUGCCUAAUGUUUAAUCUUUAAGAAAAUGUAAUAAUAAAUGCUUGAUAAGUGCUUGACAUGACAUAUGCUUUUUUGUUAAAGAAAAUAUAUAUUACAUUUUUGUUAAUGUAUAAACUGUCAUUAAUAAAUUUGGUUUUAUACAAUUUCAGAUUGACUUUAUAUAUUUGCUAAGAUUCUAUUGCAUUAUGUAACUUGUUUUCUUACGGAAAGUUGUUUAUUUUGUUGAGAGGAACCAAAGCUUGUAAUCUUUUUUUACAUUUUGAAACUGCAUAAUGUGUUAUGGAAACGGUAUUGCAAUACCUCAGAUAUACUUAAGUAAAAAGACAUAACGGGAGUGGUAUAUGGCCAUUGGCCAACAUACCACGGCACAAGCGCCGCUCUUAUGCACGACGCAUUGCAAUAUACCAAAAAAAAGAGAUGUUUUAUUGCGCAAUUAGACAAUUAAAAAAUGAUGUGAAGUCA